UUCUUCCCGGGCUACGUGGCAGAGUGUGGCAAAGUUAGGGUUCUUGCGGGAGAUGGGGCUCACCAAUUUCUACCAGCAGCUCGGAUCCACCUCCUCCUCCUCCUCGCCGUCUCCAUCUCCCUCGCCCUCGCCAGAGCCACACAAGGAGAGCGUGCCGGUCUUCCUCAACGUCUACGAUCUCACCGCCUACAAUGACUACGCCUACUGGUUUGGGCUGGGCAUCUUCCACAGCGGCGUCGAAGUGCACGGCGUGGAGUAUGCGUUCGGGGCUCACGAGUUCCCAACCAGCGGCGUCUUCGAAGUGGAGCCGCGCAGAUGCCCCGGUUUCAUGUUCCGGACGAGCAUCCGGCUGGGCAGCACCACCAUGGGGCCGCUCCAGCUCCGGCAGUUCGUCGAGACCGUGGCUUCGCACUACAACGGUGACACUUACCACUUGCUGCUCAAGAACUGCAACCAUUUCAGCGAAGACAUCACCAUGCGCCUCGUCAAACACCCGAUCCCGUCCUGGGUGAACCGCGUCGCCAGAAUCGGCUGGCUCUGCAGAUGCUUCCUCCCAGAGUGCUUGCAGCUCACCGCCGCCCAACAGAUCUGCGAGAUCGAGGAGGAAGACAGUGCCCAAGAGGAAAACGGCGAUAGCACGGCUUGUAAACCAGCAAAAGACGACGAGCACUUGAUGGUUUCAGAAGAGACCAUCAAAGCCAUGCUGCAACAAGAGCGUACAGCAUUGAUUUGAUUCUUUCCUGCACAGUGCGUUGGCGAUACUUUUUUUCGUUUCGCUGCCUCAUGCACGGCAUUUCCCCGCUCCGGGAGGGUGUGUUUAAGAAGUGGAUGCCGAGAUGAGAGCUUAAAUCGAAUCAAUCCAUCAGCUACUUAGCAGCGGUUAAGCCUAAA